AGAGUAUGUUAAAGCUGUUCUUACAAGAUAUUUUUAAGGUUCUGUGAGCUUCAAACUGGACGACUGAUAUUUCAAGGCAUUAUGAGCUUUUGAAGACCUGCUGUCUUGGUUUCCAUUGAAUGUUGAACUAUUUGAACUUUUUACGAAGAUUUCUUGGAAGGUCAGGUAAGUUUUGUUGCCGGCUUGGGAGAUUGAUGUGGUGAAGCUUCGUUUUUGCAAGCGUCUUUUACUUGAUUCUCGACGAUCUCUUAGUUGAAACUUUCUAAGUUUAUAUCAUUUAUUGAUCAACUUUUAUUCUGCUUUGGGUACUGUUGCCAUCCCUUCAUUCUGUAUUUCGUUGAUAGAAAGUGGCCCUACUUUGCAGCUUGGCUUUUACUGUGAGGAAAUUGGGGCAUUUUUGUUGCGGUUUUGUAGUUUUGAGUCUUUGGGAGAACUGAAUUGAUUUACGACGUACGGAGAGCGUCUUCUGCUUCGUAGUCUAUAGAUUUGGAGGUGUCUGAAGUCUUGAGGUUCAUUUGCUACUUGAAAAGCUUCAAAAACUCUUGGAAGUUUUCCCAUUUUCGCCUUUAUUUCCCGAUUGCCUGAUUUCAGAGGUUCCAGGGGUUCUGUGCUUUACUUCCAUGGAUAAGAGAGGAUAUAAGAGCCGUUUAAACCAUAAAAACCUAACAUUGCUUGCCUUGUUUAUGUUCUUCUUUAUUCCUGCCACCCAAGGCCGAGAAGAGAUAACCGAGCAAAUUCCUACGGGUUCCCCAUCUCCAUCUAGGGUUUCCGAUUUUAAGAAUUGUCUUCGGAGGAUAUGCCUCAGCAUUUUGUUUGGAAUUUUAACUGGGUUAUUCUGUGCGGUUCUUUUUGCUUGCUUGGUGCGGCUGGUUCUCCGUUACAUGAGCAGAACCCCAGUUCUCAAAGGCCCUGUGGUCUUCACUCCUAAGAUUGAUCCUAAGACUCUGCAACUGGCUCUCUCAACCGACAAUCACCAGUUGAUUGGGUCCAGCCCUAAUGGAAAGUAUUACAGAGCUGUUCUUGAUGGAGGAAUCGCCUUUGCUGUGAAGAGGCUUGAACCCUUUGAGAAGGGUUGUCCAGAGAUUGAGAGCAAGUCAGUCAAGAGACGAAUUCAGCAAGAACUAGAAAUGUUAGCAGGAUUGAAACAUCGUAAUCUGAUGAGUUUAAGGGCUUAUGUUCGUGAACCAAUUCGCUUGUCUUUGGUGUAUGAUUACAUACCCACUGGUAGCCUUGAAGACGCAAUGAACAGGGUAAGGGAGAACCAGCUCAGGCUCAGCUGGGAAGUUCGGCACAGAAUUGCAGUUGGGGUGAUCAAGGGGCUUCAGCAUCUCCAUUUUAGCUGCAGCCCUAGAGUUCUGCACCACAAUCUGAAGCCCACAAAUAUCAUGUUAGAUCCAGAGUUUGAGCCAUUGCUGUCUGACAUUGGUUUGGCCAAGCUUACUCCCAAUUUGGAUACAAGAGCAUCAGGUUACACUGCUCCAGAGUGUUUCCAGAACUGCAGGUAUACAGAUAAGAGCGACAUCUUCAGUUUUGGAAUAGUAUUGGGGGUUCUGCUAACUGGGAGAGACCCUUUAGAUCCAUUCUUUGGAGAAGCAGUGGGUGGGGGAAGUUUGGGUCGAUGGCUUCGACAUUUGCAGCAAGCAGGGGAGGCACUAGAAGCACUAGAUAAGAGCAUCCUUGGGGAGGAAGGAGAAGAGGAUGAGAUGCUAAUGGCUGUGAGGAUUGCUGUUGUGUGCCUAUCAGAUUUGCCGGCAGACCGGCCUUCAAGUGAUGAGCUUGUUCCCAUGCUCACCCAGCUGCACAGUUUUUGAAGAAAAUGUAUAUGAAAUGAAAAUUUGUGUAAAUUAUUGGCCCCA